UGCGCAUGCUCAGAUGCCCUUUUACGGUUCGCGACUGAAAUCUGUCAGCUCAGCGGAGCGGCGAUUCCUCUAAUACCUUCAGAUAUCUCCUAGUAGUUUCUUCUUCUGGUCAAUUCUCAAAACUUCAAACCAUCUUUUGAGCGUGGUCAGAUUUGGAUUUUAACUUUUCGACGCUCGGGGCCGAAGGAAACAGCAAAGAAUGACGAGCAGUUCAAAGCGGAAAGAAGAAAGUCAUUUGCUGAAUGGGGGUGUAAAGCAGUCCACAUGGAGCAAAGCCUUCAACAGUACUGCUGUCUGGGAGGAGAAGGAUGAGUUUCUAGAUGUGAUUUACUGGCUCCGACAAAUAAUUGCAGUUAUCCUUGGUGUGAUAUGGGGUGUUGCGCCGUUGAAGGGAUUUCUGGGAAUAGCUAUAUUCUGCAUCAUCAACGCUGGAGUCCUGUACUUGUACUUCAGCAGCUUUCAGCAGAUUGAUGAGGAGGAGUAUGGAGGAACGUGGGAGCUCACCAAGGAAGGCUUCAUGACAUCUUUUGCCCUGUUUCUGGUGGUUUGGAUAAUCUUUUACACAGCUCUACAUUUUGAAUGAGGGGAAUCGACUGGACAUUAACAAGAACAUUUCAGCUGAAGUAAAUUGUCAAGACACAAGAACUUCAUGGUUUGGGGGCAUCAGCGCUCCAACAUAGAGUAUGACUUCUCAGUGUGCAAUGCAUCAUGGGGAUCCUUGUCUGAAAAUCAGGAUCCAGCAAGAACACGUGAUGUCCAAAUAAUGUUCAUCUCUCGGUUUUGGAGGUUCCUUAUAAAGGCGCUUUCAGUUACAUCAACCAUGUAUCAUAUUUCUUCCUCACUUCAUAUUGAUCAGUUCUGACAAAAACACUAAAGUUAAAAGCGAAUAGAUGGCUGAUUGCAGUUCUAUUGAUGUUUGAAUGGUACCUUCAUGUAAAACGGAAUAAUAAUUUAUCUCGAUCGACAAAUGUAGAUGAUUUCAUCUUGUUUAAGAAGAGUGUCAUGAACGCAGAUUUUACACUGUAAAGAUAACAAGCAGUAUGAGUACUCAUCGUGGUGUAUUGCUCAUCCGUUGGUCACUCAAGUUACAGGAACAGGGCAAUAAAAACAAAGUGUCUAUAGGGUUCAGUCAGCACAUGGGAUUCAUUCUGUGACUUCACUGUUAAAUUCCCCAUCUGAAGAUUUACUCAUAAAUCGUUUGUUUCUUUUUUUUUCUUGAGAAAUAAUAGCAACCAUAAAUUUAAAGGACCAGAGUAUGAGAUUUAGUGUCCCCUAGUGGUAACCAAGUGAACACCCUUCUGUUACCCCUCUUUUACCCGGUGUGUAGGUGCCACUGUUCAAGCUCUUUGUACAACUGCAUCGAGUCCUCAUAAGAUGUUGUGUGAUGGGGCUGAUUUAGGUUUAACAGUUCUAUUUAAUGUGUGAAAAUACAUCUUCCAUACGACAUAAACUGUUGAAGGUUUGUAACGGUGAAAACUUGCAUUAUAGUUAUGUUUUCAAAUAGCACAUGGCAUUUAUAUUGCUGGACUAACCUACCCGGCUUUAUUAUGAAAAUGUUACGAUACUAAAAAUUUGGCUCCUCAAACUUUCAUCAUGGUUAGCCAGCACGGCCAAUCAUUUGUUUCCUUUUCGUCUUCCAAACGGUGCUAUAGUAACGCCGCUUCAACCUAAAAAGCCCAACUAAGAGCCAGUAUUUGUUCACUGCUCACAGUGUAGAUAGGAAGGCUCAUCCUAAACUCAUAGUUACAGGUGAUUAUAUGUGAAUGAAAACAUAAUUAUAAAUACUCAACGAUUCAUGCUAGUUGAUCCUUCUAAGUCGCACACACUGGUCCUUUAAGUUUGGAGCUGUCUGUCUUCAUGACGUCUUAAAAUCAAUUCAGCUUGUUUUUUUUUUCUUUCUCCUCUGUAGAUGUGAACAUAGCAUUUCUCAAUGAAAUCUGUCAUUUGUUAAUAUUUCUGAAAUAUCUUAUGUCUAACAAAUGUUAAAAAAAAAAAAAAAAAACAACGUAGCAAACCACAGCUGUAAUCUAACUUUUAACAUAAAAACAAAUGCUGGUUGUAAGGUGCACAUAUCGGCCUAUAUCCAGUCCCGAUGCCAGGAGUAUCGAUGCGUUGCCACGUUGGUCAGGAAAAACCAAACAAUCCAAGUUAUCUCUCCGUACCGAUCACUUCCUCUCAGCAAACCGGGAUGACAUGCAAAUGUUCACAGAUCUAAGGUCCUCCUGAUCUGUGCACUGCCAUUAUUUGCUUUUUAGUGCGUGUAGGGGUCAUUUUUUGAUGACAUCAGUUAGGGAGUAAGAAUUAUUUAAUAUUUGUUUUCUCACCGUAGCUUCCAGAUCGAGGUCUUAUCUGUUAUUUUGAAAUUAAUUUAAGCUUUCUGUAAAUUCUGUACAAUGUCUGAUGUUUUUUUUUUCAAAUCCACCUGGUAUUACAGAUUUAUUUGUAUUUAUGUUAUAUCGUGUCUGAUGUAACAUAUUUUUCAGUAUUUUAUAGUGAAGAACUUUUAAAAACAGUUCUUGCAAAGUUAUUGUAAUGAUACUGUUAUAAUAGAUAUGCAGCUGGUGUUUGAAAUGAUUGUAUUUUCUGAUCAAAUCUUUUGGGAAUCAUUAAACAUGGGCUUUAUUUGGCCUCCAUUUUCAAAGAGA